ACUUGUCCGGCAGUGGGCGCCGUGGACACUGACGUACAGGGCUGAACAUUUUAGUCACGGCUAGUAGGGUAUGAGCGACUACGCGGAGUUUGACGGAGUCCGAGGAGAAACGUUAACACAGAUUGAUAGAAUGGACGAACUAAAGCAUCAAGUUAUGAUAAACCAGUUUGUUCUGAUAGCUGGAUGCGCGUCAGAUCAGGCCAAACAGCUUCUACAGGCGGCGCACUGGCAGUUCGAGACUGCCCUCAGCGCCUUCUUUCAGGAAGCUAACAUUCCCUACAGCCAUCAAAUGAUGUGCACACCUGCUAACACCCCAGCAACGCCUCCCAACUUCCCAGAUGCUCUAGCCAUGUUCUCCCGUCUGCGAGCCUCUGAAAGUUUUGGCAGCAGUAGCAGCCCUAUCGCAUCCAUGGCUACCUCCCCACCUUCUUACGUCAACUGGGCCAUGGGCCCCGCAGCUGCCGCCGGGCAGCAGGGCCUAUGGACGGCCGCUCAGCUCCCUUCACAGGCGGCCACACCAAACUGGCCAGCGGCCGUCACCCAGCAGGCCUCCUCCGAGCAACCCAGCCUGGCUAUGGAGGCAGAGAGAUGAGGAGCUGCUCCCAUUGGCCCACGGACCACACAGGAGGAGGAGCGCCGUCUGCUCUGUUGAUGAAUCUGACUGUGCAAUACAGCCUGGAGGAGGAUUAAGAUGGAUCGGUGAGGACUGAACACUGAAAGACUGGAAAACGUGGAGGAUGGGCAUUUGGGAGAUGCAUGCUCAUUCUUGAGACCGAAUGCAAGACUAGAGACUCUACCUUUUUUCCUUUUCUUUUCUUUUCCUCUUUCCCCUAGUGGUUUCAAAGUGAUGUACUGUGUAUUGGGAGAUUAUCUCAAGAUGCAUAGCAGGAUUACUUUCUUUCUUAUUUCUUCUCAGAGGAGCUCAGUCAACAAGGAGUCUUUUUUUCUAGUGUCUGCACUGCAAUGUAUUCGAUUUACUCUUCUGCUUUUGAUUUUUUUGAUUAAUCAGAAUCACUGUCUGUAUAAGAGCUGUAGCUAAAAGGACCUUUAAUGUUGAAAUUGGACUGGAUGGGACAAAGGACAGCUUGAUUUAGUGUUGCAAAUGAAAAAAAAAGAACAAACACAUAAUUUGGUCAGGCAACAGUCCUUUUGAAGUUGGUUCUUAAUGUUUUCUUUUUUUGUUAAGAAUGACUACAUGUAUCAAGAUCAGUUCAAUCAGCCUUUUUAUGUGCAUAGAAGAAAGGAAAAAUUUCCGGCCAAGAAAUUUUCUACAUGAUGUUAUUUAUUUUCUUAAGAUUUUUUGUGGCAUAUCUGCAGUUGAUGGAAGUCAAUAGCAAAUAUGUGUUUGCUUUAUAUUGAACCCCCUUCUGAUUGUUUGUUUUUCUCUUCCACAAAUUUAAUUUAAUAAAUUGCAAAUGGUCAGUCCA